AUGACUAUUGUCAAUAUUCGCCGCGAUGUGGAUGACAAGUUCUACCGAUACCGCAUGCCACUCCUCGAGACAAAGAUUGAGGGAAAAGGCAAUGGAAUCAAGACUGUCGUGCCCAACAUGUCGGACAUUGCUCGCGCAUUAAGCCGGCCACCGUCGUACCCAACCAAGUACUUUGGCAGUGAACUGGGUGCGCAGACAAUUAUCGACGACAAGAAUGAUCGCUACAUCGUGAACGGUGCACAUGAUGCGAACCGCCUUCGUGAGCUGCUAGAUGGCUUCAUUGACAAGUUCGUGCUGUGUGGCGACUGCAAGAAUCCAGAGACGGAUCUCAAGAUCAAGGACGGCGAUAUUUUGCGCGACUGCAAGGCUUGCGGAAAGCGCAACUACGUCGAUAUGGGCCACAAGCUUGUGACAUUCAUCCUGAAGAACCCGCCCCCGAAGCGCGUGAAGGGCACGAAAGGUGCCGGUGCCUCGAGUGGGCAAUCUGUGCAAACUGGCAAUGAUGAAGAAGCAGCUAAUAGUGAUGAUGAGCUGACGCGCCGCAUUAAUGCAGAGGCAUCGCGGAUCCCAACUGCUGAUCAGCGUGCCAAGGAAGCAGACGCAGACGAAGAUUGGUCCGUCGACACCUCGGAAGCGGCCGUCGCUGCGCGUGUUAAAGCUCUAGAAGGUGCGAUGAAUGUGCUGAACGUUGGCGCAGAAGAUGACGAGGGCGGCGAUGAUGAUGACGCUAGUCCGUACGCGCAAUUUGGCACGUGGAUCCUCGAGGAGCGCGAGGCUGGCAAGACGCCUAGUGCUGCUGAGGUGUACCGCAAGGCACAAGAGAUGGGCAUUGAAAAGAAGCACAAGACACUGCAAGUGCUAUUCCAGGCGCUAUUUUCUGAAAAUGCACCGACAGAAGUUCAGUCGUAUGGACCAUUGCUUUUAAAGAUGGUUACGUCAGAAAAGCACCAAAAGUCGAUGCUUGGAGGUCUGGAGCGACUCGCUGGUUUAGAACAUCCCUCGCUCGUCCCAAACGGCGUUCCCAAGCUCCUAAUGGCACUGUACCAGAUGGAUGUUCUGGACGAAGAUGUUGCGCAGCAGUGGGGCACGCAUGUAUCGAAGAAGUAUGUCGACAAGGAGACCUCGAAGCGCGUGCGGAAGGCAGCGGCGCCCUUCUUGGAAUGGCUCGAGCAAGCUGAGAGCGAUGAUGAUGAUGAGAGUGAGGAUGGCGAUGAUGACGAAGAGGAUGACGACGAAGACGAGGAUGUGAAGAAGCAGACAGGAAGGCGCGCGGCUGCCCAGUCCACGUCAGAGUACCAAAAAGGCGAUAGCGAUUUGGAUGACUUGUAG